GGGCCGUAUUCAUAGUCGAGUCUCAAGGCGAUACUGAAGAUCGUCUUAGUCAAGAUUAUCUUAUUGAAUGAAGAUCACCUUAAAAUCGAUAUAAUUCAUAAACAUAUAUUAAGAUAAUCUUUGCGAAGAAGUUUUUGCCUAAGAAACUCUUAUUCUAUUUGAGAAUAUCUUCGCAAAGAUUUGCUUAAGAUGAUACUUAUUGAUCAUUCGGCUAUUUCCGUAUUAUUUCUUUUAGGCCAACCAAUAAAAAUGAUCCUUCCUUUGAGCUGAAGUGGUUAAAACAAGAGUGGUCUGUUCUUUUUAACUGUACUACUACACAGUGCAACAAGUUAAAGUGGACAUGUGAGAAAUGUGAUACAUUUGAUUAGAAGAAUUAACAAAUUUUUAUUUGCUAGUUGUCUCAUUGUAAGAUUUCAAUCUUUAAAAUUAAAAAAUUUGAAAAUGUCGAAGAAUAAACAUUAUACAACUGUGGAAAGAAAACUUUUCGUAGAGAUAUUAAAAGAUUUUAAGCACGUCAUUGAGGUUAAAAAAAGUGAUUCUUCAACACUUCAUGACAAAGAACUUGCAUGGGCUGAAAUUUGUAAGAGAUGUAACGAUUCUUCCAUGAUUAUGCAAGAACGUACAGUUCAACAGCUAAAGAAACUCUGGACAAAUAUUAAACAAACUCAAAGAGAAUUAUUAACUAAAGAAAAACAAGCUCGUCUAGCCACUGGUGGUGGCCCGCCACUACCAGAAAUAAACAUUGACCCUGAUGUUGCCAUAAUAACACCACAUCUUUUAAAAACAGCUCCUGUUCUAUUUACAUCUAAUAUGACAGAAAAUGAGAUAAAUGACUGCGUUCCAAUAAUCAUUGCCAAACAUUGCCAGCCUUCACAAACUAUAGAGAAAGGAGAACAUGUUUUGAACCUUUUAGUAAAUGAUGACAUCUCAUCAUUAUACGGGAGUAAUGUUGAUGAGCUGAAUGAUAAAGAAAUUAACAAAACACAAGAUAUAAUAAUGGAAGAGAUGAUUGACAAAGAGAACCAAGAUACUAAUCUUUGUAAUGAAGUUUUUGAGCUGAAAGAAGAAAAUAAAUUGGAUUUUGCCUGUACGCGACCAGUAAAAAUAGCAAAAGGAAAGAGAAAUAUAAAAGAAAAUUUUGUUAGCGAAGAAGAUACUGUAAAGAUAAAAAGAAUAAAGCAAAUCAUAGAACAAGAGAAAGAUAUAUCAGAUAUAAAAAAAUUUCAUGAGAAAAGAAUUGCUACAAUGAAAGAAAAUCUUCAAACAGAAUUAUUUACUUUACAAAUUCGAGAAGCUACUGCGAAAGCUGAGUUAGCCGAGUUACAAUUACAAAAGGAGAAAGAAAAUAUACGUUUUUAAAAGAAGUCUGUAAAAGGAAAUAUCGAAGUCCAUUUAACCAAAGAAAUAUUAUAAGAGAAAGUUAUGUAUUUUUAGCUGCAAGAAAUAAUAUUAAAGUAUUGAAUAAUAUAGAUUAACCGUAUUAUGUUAGUGUCCGAUAACUCACUGCACAGCCACGAUGUAUACAAAAUAUUUUUCAUUUU